AACAGAGCAUUUGCUCUGUGUUGACAGGAGCUUAACUCCGCGCUGGGUCAUGUUACACGGAGUCCCACUUCCGACGGAGUCUGGACCAACAACCCCCCACAUCAACAGACACGGGGACCAGGUUGUGAGGGCGAACUGACCCACAGUUUGAUAAAAGCACAAGCAGGACUUCGCAGUAACUUGGUGACGUAUUCCCAGUCUGCCUCAGUAGCACCGCACGGCGGGACACGCCGGGAUACACAUCAACGCACUUUACUCAAUUCACAAAUACGAAACAGAAAUGUUCACCCCCUUUAAGGAGCGCGGUGUCUUAUUAAGUAAUAAUUUUGGAUUUUGAUGUAAAAUGCCACUUACAGUCUCUCCUCUCCAUGCUCAACGGCGGCCAUUUUUAUUUAAAUAAAUAUAUUAAUAUAAAAAAACCAAAACAUCUCCGGUACACCGAGGCCACGCCCCCUCUGCUUCAGUACCCAUCGCCGUUAGAUGAAAACAACGCGAGAUCUCUAUAACCUCAGUAUCGAGAGACGUAUCAACGCGAGAUGUCCAUAGAAAGGAAGAUGCGUCUGAAGUUUGGAUGAUUAGAAGUUGUAAACAGUGAAUGAGUUGACGAAAAAUAGGUUAGCCAGAUUGAUUCUUAAUGUUGGACGGGGUUACAGGCAAACAUAUGUGGGCCUGUCGUAAAGAGCGAGGAACGAGUAAGAAAUACAGUCGCUUUGUUUAUAAAUUUUCGAGUGGGAACCUUUCAUCUAUAGCAGUAAAGCCUAAAGCGAAUUAUUUUAUUUUAAUAUCAAUAUAAUAUUAAGAUGAAAUCAAAAUGAACAUUUCUGAAUAGUACCCGAUCGGGUAAAUCCAGCAGAUUUAUAUUCCAGGCCGAUUAAAGAGUCUGACACCGCCCCUUUGAACACAGAGCCAAUCAAAACCGUGACCUAUCCAGGUGUUCCAGAUGAAAGAUCAUAGGUCCAGACCCCUGAUGACGCCAGAGCCGCAACAUGUGGUCCCGUGUGGUGCUCUACCUGAUGCUGCUGCACGCUGCCUCCGUCUGCUCUCACGGUUCAUACGGCACCGACAGCUUGGCGGAGAAGGGUCAAGCGGAGCUCUUUCACGUCCGCAGACUCGCGAACCAACCGCGCUACGGAGAAUGCUGGGCUCGUGCACUGGUGGACAUCGAGGCAUCCUGCCGCGAGUUGACGGAGGAGCGGCAGAACAGGAUGGCACUGAAGUUCACCCACUGUCACCUGCACAGGUCCGGCCGUGAGUUCCCAGCAUGCCCAGAGGGGGCAGAGCUCAGCGAGUGUACCGCCGACAUGGACGCCGUGGCGUUCAACGCCUUCACAGAGUUCUUCACACAUACGCUUUCCAUCUGUCACUUCCUGCAGUCGGAGGCCUGGCAGCUCAGAGCCGAGACCAGCAUGCACAGCCUGACGGAGGCGUCGGCCAGCGUUGCCGAGCAGCUGAGCUCCACAAGGCUGCUAACUGAGGACCUGUUGGAGGCCCAGAGCUCCGCCCUGCUGGCCCAGGACCAGAUCCUCCUCAACGGACAGGAGCUGCAGCACACCAUCAGAGAGUCCUCACAGGGGGUGAGGGAGCUGUUCUCCCAGGUGACGGACUCCUCCAGGGAGCAGCAGGUGGUCCUGUCGGAGCUCUUCAACCGGAUCUCCUUCCUGCAGAGCUUCGUGCUCCUGGAGGCCCACACCCUGAGCUCCGGCCUCUACAACGCGGCCGGCCUCUGCACCGCCUUCCUCCUCACCUGCACCCCCCACACGGCCCGCUCUAGGUUGGUGUUACUAGGCUUGGUGUGUGUUAAUGUGUGCCUGGAGCGACUCAUCUACCAGUAUGUCAUGGACACAAGCAACCCUGCUUACCCACACAUGGAGCUGGUGACCGAGUACGUGGCGGUCCUCCGGAGGAUCAUGGGGACUCUGGGAGUCCUGAUCCUGGUGCUGGCAGCCCUGCGCUACAGAGACCCGACCCAGGACAGUCUGCUGGUCCUGGCCCAGCUCAGAGACACCCAGCACAGCCUGCAGCUGGCCCUCGCACACACAGGUACCUGUCUGACUGCCCUCACACACACAGAAGAGUUGUGUGUGUCAGCAGAGCGCAGGAGGAGCAGAAGUGGGGAGGAAGACAUGUGGAGGAGAAAGGAGAGACGACGAGACUCUCGUCGUCAGGAACACGUACUCCGUCCUCCGACCAACUCCGACCGUUACCUUUCUCCGUCUCACCGCUCAGAGAAAGGUCCUUUGGACACAUCAACAGAAAGCUCCCAGAAUACUUUGCUGUUACUGGAUGCCCCUCCUCCUAGACGUACACGCUCCCAGCGAUAUACUAGACCCGCCCCUCUAACUAUUUGUCCCGCCCCCGAAGUGUACAGCAUCCUGGUUGAGGAGGGACAGCCUCGGUACCGUCUGAGAAGCCGACUUUCAGAGACGCACAACACCACACACAGUCCCAAACAAUAACAAACACACAGAUGCACAGAUACACAUUCACACACAAUAACAGAGCCUCACAUUCAAAAAAACACACACACAGACACAAUAACACAGACACAGACACAGACACAAUAACACAGACCCACACACAAUGACACAGACACAAUAACACAGACACACACGUCACACAGACACAAUAGCACAGACACACACACAAAGAAACAGACACACACACACACACACACACACACACACACACACACACACACACACACACACACACACACACACACACACACACACACACACACACACACACACACACACACACACACACACACACACACACACAAGCACAGUUUGACUUAAGAGUAAUUUUAAUUGAAUAAAAGUUU